GGCGCGGGGUAGAGGGCGAACGCGGGCGCCGAGACCCCGAGGGCGCCGAGCUCGAGCGGACCGCCUCCUGGUGCCGGCGGCCGGGCCGCGGGAUCCGCUCGCAGCCGGGGCGCCCCGGGCCGAGCACGGGAGGCGGGGUCAGGGCGGGGUCCCGGCGCGGGCGGCGGAUCUGAGCGGGAGCCCCAGAGCCGCCCGUCCCGGCCGCGCCCGGAGCGAGCCUGGGAAAUGCCCGCACCGGGGGAGCGGGCGCCGGCUACCCCGCGGGCCCCGAGGAGACGCUGAAGGUCGCCGGGAAGUGAGCGCCCAGUCACCUGACACCGGGGCGCACCUAGGCGGGGCGGGGUCCAUGCGAGGCGGGCGGCCGGGGGCCGGCGGCGGGCGGCGCGGAGCGCGCGGAGCCGGGCCGACGGGGGCGCGCGGCGGGCGGGCGAGGGCGCGGCCGGGCACCGGCGGUGGCCUCGCCAUGUCCCAGCCGGCGGGGAGGAUGCAUUGCCGGAAGGCGGGGAUCCGCGCCGCCGUGGUGCUCAUCGGACUCCUGCACAAAUCCCGAAAACAGAAUAAAGAGAAAAGGAAGCAGGAGCUGGCCAACAGCUCGGAUGUGCCUCUGCCCGACCGGUCGCUGUCCCCUCCUCUCACGGCACCUCCCACCAUGAAGUCGGCGGAGUUCUUCGAGAUGCUGGAGAAAAUGCAGGGGAUCAAGCUUGAAGAGCAGAAGCCGGGACCCCAGAAGAACAAGGACGACUAUAUCCCGUACCCCAGCAUCGACGAGGUUGUGGAGAAGGGAGGCCCGUACCCCCUGAUCGUCCUGCCCCAGUUUGGGGGAUACUGGAUCGAGGACCCGGAGAACGUGGGCACGCCCACCUCGCUGGGCAGCAGCAUCUGUGAGGAGGAGGAUGAGGACAGCUUCAGCCCCAGCACCUUUGGCUACAAGCUCGAGUGCAAGAGUGAAGCCAGGGCCUACCGCAGGCACUUCCUGGGCAAGGAUCAUCUAAACUUUUACUGCACCGGUAGCAGUUUGGGGAACCUGCUCCUGUCCAUCAAGUGCGAGGAGGUGGAGGGCAUUGAGUACCUUCGGAUUAUUCUCAGGUCCAAAGUGAAGACGGUGCAUGAACGGAUCCCCUUGGCGGGCCUGAGCAAGCUGCCCAGCAUCCCUCAGAUUGCCAAGGCGUUCUGCGAUGACGCAGUGGGACUGAAAUUCAGCCCUGUCCUGUACCCCAAGGCCUCCCACAUGAUUGUGUCCUAUGAUGAGCAUGAUGUCAAGAACACAUUCAAAUUUGGGGUCAUUUAUCAAAAAGCCAAGCAGACCCUGGAGGAGGAGCUGUUUGGGAACAACGAGGAGAGCCCAGCUUUCAGGGAGUUCUUGGACCUGCUGGGGGACACCAUCACCCUACAGGACUUCAAAGGUUUCCGAGGAGGCCUGGACGUGACCCACGGACAGACGGGGGUGGAGUCGGUGUACACGAUAUUUCGGGACAGGGAGAUCAUGUUUCACGUCUCCACAAAGCUGCCCUUUACCGAGGGAGACGCCCAGCAGCUCCAGAGAAAGAGACACAUUGGGAAUGACAUUGUGGCCAUCAUCUUCCAAGAGGAAAACACACCGUUUGUCCCAGAUAUGAUUGCCUCCAACUUCCUACACGCCUACAUCGUGGUGCAGGCCGAGAGCCCGGGCACGGACACCCCGGCCUACAAGGUCUCAGUCACCGCGCGGGAAGACGUGCCGGCCUUUGGCCCCCCUCUGCCCAACCCCCCUGUUUUCCAGAAGGGCCCCGAGUUCAGGGAGUUCCUGCUCACCAAGCUCACCAACGCAGAGAACGCCUGCUGCAAGUCGGACAAGUUCGCGAAACUGGAGGACCGGACGAGGGCCGCCCUCUUGGACAACCUUCACGACGAGCUCCAUGCCCACACACAGGCCAUGCUGGGACUCGGCCCGGAAGAGGACAAGUUUGAGAACGGGGGCCACGGGGGAUUCCUGGAGUCCUUCAAGAGGGCCAUCCGCGUGCGCAGCCACUCCAUGGAGACCAUGGUGACCAGCCAGAAGAAGCCGCACAGCGGGGGCCUCCCCGGCAGCCUCAGCGGGGGCAUCUCCCACAACAGCGUGGAGGUCACCAAGACCACCUUCUCGCCUCCAGUGGCGGCGGCAACUGCCAAGAACCAGUCGCGGAGCCCCAUCAAGCGGCGGUCGGGGCUCUUCCCCCGUCUGCACACGGGCUCUGAAGGCCAAGGGGACAGCCGGACACGGUGCGACAGUUCAUCCAGCAACCCCAAGACUGUGGACGGCGGGCACUCUUCUCAGGAGAUCAAGUCUGAGACCUCGUCCAACCCCAGCUCUCCGGAGAUCUGCCCCAGCAAGGAGAAGCCCUUCAUGAAGUUGAAGGAGAACGGCCGGGCCAACAUCUCCCGCUCCUCCUCCAGCACCAGCAGCUUCAGCAGCACGGCCGGGGAGGGCGAGGCCAUGGAGGAGUGUGACAGUGGGAGCAGCCAGCCGUCCACAACCUCGCCCUUCAAGCAGGAGGUGUUUGUCUACAGCCCGUCCCCAAGCAGCGAGAGCCCCAGCCUGGGGGCAGCCACCACCCCCAUCAUCAUGAGCCGGAGUCCGACAGAUGCCAAAAGCAGAAAUUCCCCGAGGUCAAACCUGAAAUUCCGCUUUGAUAAGCUCAGCCAUGCGAGCUCCAGUGCGGGUCACUAAUGCGAGAGAGGAGUCCUUCGCCUGUCAAAGGGAAGCCCCGAUUCUGUCUUGGAGAAGGCUCCUAUCCUAGCAGUUUGGGGGUGCCAUUCACUACUCUGACCGUCACCGGCCUGUUGCUCCAUCGGCCACCUGCCCACCAGACCAGCUAUCUGUCCCAGUGCCCCGACCGGCACAGCCCUGCCCUCUCCUUUGCCAAGACACCCUGCUAGCCCCUCCCCAUCUCUGGACAAGGCCUCAUUCCUCCAGGCUCCCCUGCUCCUGACCCCCCAUGUGCUAUGUGUCUGGGUCAUUUGUUACCUUGUUUUUGUCUGCAGCAGCCAGCGUUGGGUGAGCAGGGAUCUGGGUACUGGGGACUCAGAGAGCCGAGAGGCAGAGCCUGG